AUGCGGACCUCAAUUCUUACGGCCGCUGCUGUCGGUGCAGGCUCCGUUGCUGCUGGUGCAUUGAAGCCCAGAGCAGACUUGCCAGCCGUCUCAGUCAAGGGAAAUGCUUUCUUUGCCGGAAAUGACCGAUUCUAUAUUCGUGGCGUUGACUAUCAACCUGGUGGUUCCUCCGACGUCGCUGAUCCCAUUGCCGAUUCCGCGGGUUGUGCUCGAGAUAUCGAAUACUUCAAGAAGCUGGGCAUCAAUACUGUCCGAGUGUACACCGUCGACAACAGUGCGGACCACGACACAUGCAUGAGCGCUUUGGCAGAUGCUGGCAUCUACCUGGUUCUCGAUGUCAACACCCCCCUGUAUUCGUUGAACCGUGCCAACCCCGGUCCUUCAUACAACGAUGCCUAUCUACAGAACAUCUUUGCAACAAUCGACAAGUUCCAGAAGUACACAAAUACUUUGGCUUUCUUCUCUGGCAACGAGGUUAUCAAUGACCCAGAGACAUCCAUCACUGCCCCCUACGUCAAGGCUGUCACACGAGAUAUUCGUCAAUAUAUCCGCAACCGUGGAUACCGCACUAUCCCUGUUGGUUACUCAGCUGCCGAUGUGAGCGAGAAUCGUAUGGAGAUGGCUCAAUAUAUGAACUGCGGCACUGAUGAUGAGCGCUCCGACUUCUUUGCUUUCAACGAUUAUUCUUGGUGCUCUCCUUCGAGUUUCCAGGUUUCUGGGUGGGAUCAGAAGGUCAAGAAUUUCACUGGUUAUGGCCUUCCUAUCUUCCUCUCUGAGUAUGGUUGCAACACAAACAAACGUGACUUUGGAGAGGUUGCAUCACUUUAUAGCACCGACAUGACAGGAGUUUACUCUGGCGGUUUGGUCUAUGAAUAUUCUCAGGAGCCCAGCAACUAUGGACUCGUUGAUCUCAGUGGUGGUUCUGUUGAGGAACUACCCGAUUUCCAAGCUUUGGCCGAUGCUUAUGCAAAGACUGCCAAUCCUCAAGGCGAUGGUGGUUACAGCAGUACCCAAGCCACAUCUGAAUGCCCUGCAUUUUCCGACCCCAACUGGCUUGUAAAGGGCAACAGUCUGCCAGCCAUUCCUGAGGGCGCCGUCAAAUACAUGACAUCUUCUGAUGGUGCUGGUGCUGGCCCUGGCCUUUCAGGCCCUGGCUCUCAGAACGCUGGUGGUGCAUCUACUGGAACUGCCACUGCUGGUAGUGGAGCAGCCACCAGAACUGGUGAGUCUGGUAGUAGCUCGACCAGCUCGGGUAACGCUGCUUCUGGCUUGGUCGCCCCUCAAUGGACUCUUGCUCCUUUGGUGUGUGGUGCCGUCACAGUGCUGUCCAUGGUUUUUGGGGCUUCCUUGUUGUAA